AUGACCGAGAAACGAGCUCCAACAGAAGAUGUUAGGCGUCGGAGGAUCGAAGAGGAUAUUCUAGCGUCGAAGAAUGCGAUCCAGGCCAUGCAGAACAGGAUCUAUGACCUGAAGGAAGAACUGAACACGACAACCCCAAUCAUGACGCGUCUGGCUUUGGAGACGCUGACCGAAGUCUUCUUCCUCGUCACCAAGCUCAAGAGUCAAAGAUGGGAAGCAGGCAUUAGAGGUUAUUUGCAGUUGGGUUAUCUCAAAAUGUUGCGAGAAAACGUAACGUUUUUCGGAGAAUAUCGGAAUGUGGGUACGAACCGAUUCCAAAGACGUCAUGGCUGGGGCGUCGGGUUGCGUGCCAUUUGUCGGCGUUUGGUGGUUGCGCUGGCUUCAUCUUCGCCUUCGCCUUCGGGGGUCUCUUAUCGUGUUGAUUCUAUUUUGACUAACACUGGCAAAUGGCUUGGACCAACGAAGACACCGAACUUCGACCGCGAGCCACCAACCGGCACUGGAGAAAUACUUUCACAGAGAGGAAUAUGUAUGAUUUUGACAUCAGACAUACUACAGAUGGCACCCAGAACCGUGCACGGCCACGAGUGA